UAGGUUUACGUUUUAUUGCACGCGCUGUUAUUUACCCUCACCGCCUCACGUUUAAGCAGCGGCAGAGCGCGCGAUGUGCGUUCAGCGCAAGGUGAGAAAGCCAAGGGAGGAGUUUAAACUUGCCAGCGGCUUCCACAGAUCUCCCCUCAAUGAUUGCCAGUGCUCGCUCAGGUCUAUAUGUGCUUGCACCAGGCUCCUGUCCACAGCAGAUCCGAUCCUCACCUCGGAGGUGUCAUUCAGGACAACCGGCGCUCUCUCUCUACCGGACCGGACACCCGUAAGCAUGGAAGACACUUACUGAAGCAAUCACGGAGAGAUACGCCUUCAUACCGACUAUGGCUGUAGACGCUGCGUCCAGCUUCAGUUUCUGUAGGGCUGCGCUGGAGCACACGGUCUCAGUGGAGGAGCUUAACUACCAGCUGCCCCGGAAGGCCGGGGGCAACCUUACCUGGCACGACAGGCACGGGCAGAGGGUGAUGAGAAGAGCUGUCAAACUGCUACAGCAGCCCGGCACUGAAGAAAUACAGAUCCAGCCAGGUGAAGCCUUCACUGUGUAUCACACCAGCCCAACGCUCUCCAGUUUAUGCAAACCAGUGGUGCUGUGGACCCAGCAGGACGUGUGUAAGUGGCUGAAGAAACACUGUCCCCACAAUUACCUGACCUACGUGGAGGCCUUCUCUCACCACGCCAUCACAGGUCGUGCCCUGUUGCGGUUGAAUGGAGAGAAAUUGGAGAGGAUGGGGAUCAUGCAUGAGACUCUGAGACAGGAAGUGUUACAGCAGGUGCUACAACUGCAGGUCAGAGAGGAAGUGCGCAACCUACAGCUGCUCAGCAGAGCUUCCUUCGGCAACCUUUCGUAGCUCAUCUAUCCAUCUGGCAGCUCUCUCCCCUUCCUUGCAUAAAUGGAGCAGGUUCAAAGACGCCAGGAAAUGGAGACAGUACCAGACUCUGACUCUGUAUUAUAGUGACAAGAUUCGAGAACACCAACCAGAGAUUUGUCAGAUGACAGUCAAUGAUGGGUGAACUCAGUUUGGAUUGAGUCAUGGACUUUGACGUGACAUCUGAGGUUUUAGCAUUUGGACGUCCGACCACUUUGCUCUCUUACCCAGCAUCACUAGCUGAAGUCGUGAUGCUGAAUAAACUGUAGUAAGUCUGGGAACACAGUUGUUUCUCCUACCUCUCGUGAUCGAUUGUAUCGUUUCAUUUGCAGAUAUACAGUAGGAUAAAGAGAAUUAAACAUAUACUAGUCCCUGACUUCAACACUAAAGCACCAGUUUGUAUGAAACCUCUAUGUCUGAUCAGUUUUAAUGGGGCGCCAGCGAUUUCCUUUCUGUCACUUGUUAAUAAAUGUACUUUCUGAACAUUGAAUGUGGAUACUUUCAAACCUAAAAACCAUGACCAAUAUUUUCUUUUCUUCUCAGGAGAUGUGCGUUUGCUUCCAUUAUCGUUCCUGUUGAAGUCAUAUUUUAUGAUUUCAGUGUAAUUAUGAAAAUAUUUUCUUAUUCUGUACACAGUUGUAGAUUUUGAGGUUUUCUCCUAACAUUCAAAGAAUAUGAAUAUGAUUUAUACUGCAAAUGAUGGUGCAUAUAGGGGCAACGUGAGUAGAUUGUCUCCAUUUGUAAACGUCUCAGUUAUCUCUGUUUAUGAAGCAAUAAUGUAAAGUGAUGGUCUGCAUGGUUAGGCCUGUUAGAGAUGAAACAUUUACACAGUUGCUAAUUUACCAUUCCAAACAUCACAGCAUCUUUAGGCCUGAAACAUCCUACGCAAAUAUUUAUUAAGUUGCUAAUGUGUUCAAAACGCAAUCCAAGUGCACAUUAAUAACAUUGCGGCUCAUUCUGUGGACAGUUUUUUCUUUCAGCUCAACUUCCGCUGAAGUUGUGAAAUGCUGUAAAAAUGGUUAUCUAAACUGAAUCUAAAGCUACAUGAAUAACAAAUUACGAUCGCACAAACAUUUAAAGUUUAUAUUACAGUAUAUGUUAGCUUUGUGUAGUGGAUGUUUUUGGUCUUAGAUUCUUGAUCGGUCCCUUAAAUGAUGAUACUUUAAAGGACAUGCAUAAUAAACCUUAAGCUUUCACUAAAUUUCUAGUUCCAACCACCCUUAUCCAGUGGAAGAUGUAGUUAAUUCGUUUUUUUGUGAUUUCCUCUUUCUUGGUCCUGUAUUCCAGAACACUACAGCACUCGCCAGUUGAGGAUGUUGAUAUAGAAGACUAUAAUACAAAAAAUAUAUAACAACCUUGUUCAGAGAUGAGGAGCCUGAUUUACUGUAAAAUUACAUUUUUUCAAAGCACUCAGAGAAUGAGAGUGUCCAACUAUGUUUUAUAUGGGACUGACGCAAUUUCUAAAAUGUAUGUGACAUUCUGAAAAAUGGUUUUCUGGUGCAUUUUGCUGAUUGCUGGAAAAAGGUACAUCACCAAACAUCAUUUCAUUUUUCUUGACAAGCAAAGAACCAAAUGUGUGGGGGGAGUAUUUGUUGUGUAAUUACUUUCUGUGUUAGCAACAUAAAUAUAAAGACAUGUGUGUGACAGAAAGAGCUGUAUGUUUUGGAAUAGUUUUCAAAAUAAAGAUU